UGGGCCUAAAGAGAUUUAACUGACUGAAAAGUGUAAAAAGUCUUUCAGAGGGAUGCAGCACUCUCGAAAUUGCUAAGAUAUUGGAGCGUGAUCACAGAACCAUCAAACGUUUUGUUGCAAAUAGUCAACAGGGUCGCAAGAAACGUGUUGAGAAAAAGACGCAAAUUAACUGCCAAAGAUUUGAGAAGAAUAAAACGUGAAGCUACCAGGAACCCAUUAUCCUCCGGUGCUGUCAUAUUCCAGAACGGCAACCUACCAGGAGUGUCCAGAAGUACAAGGUGUUCAGUGCUCAGAGACACGGCCAAGGUAUGGUCGCACAACAACGAUCACGUGGGUCUGAAGAGGAGGGGAAGACACGAACAGGACAUGCUAAACAAAGAGUACCUUUUAAAGUCUGGACUGACAUCCAUAAAUGACACGGAGUUCUGGAAGCGUCCUCGCUGUGGAGUUCCAGACUAUCCCACCGUAACGCAGGUUGGCCUGUCGUACGAUAAUCUGAAGAAGGGAGGUCUGAGUAGACAGCAGCGCAGGAAGCGAUAUGCGCUGUUUGGAGGGCGCUGGGAGAAGACUGAGCUCACUUACAAGAUUGUUCGUUUCCCCUGGCAGAUGAGUGAGGGCAAAGUACGACAUGUCUUCCAGGAGGCAUUAGGUGUGUGGAGUGCAGUGACUCCUCUGACCUUCAGAGAGGUCACCACUAAAGCUGACAUCAUUAUUGACUUCAGCAGGUACUGGCAUGGGGACAGCUUACCGUUCGAUGGUCCUGGAGGAAUCCUCGCCCAUGCCUUUUUCCCGAGGACACAUAGAGAGGGUGAAGUCCACUUUGACUAUGAUGAGCAUUGGACAGUGGGCAACAACGUGGGCACAGAUCUCCUACAAGUGGCAGCUCAUGAAUUUGGCCAUGUGCUUGGCCUGCAGCACUCCAUGGAGCCUGAUGCUGUGAUGUGUCCUUUCUAUAGCGACUCCUAUCCUCUGCAGCUCAGUGAGGAUGACAAGAGGGGCAUCCAGUAUCUGUAUGGCCCCCCUCGGCACCAACAGCCCGAGAUGACGGAGACCAAUGAGAUUGACAUUGGAAUGCUGGAUGCCUGCAGAACAAACUUUGAUGCCGUGUCCAUGAUAAGGGGAGAGCUGUUCUUCUUUAAGUCUCGAUAUGUGUGGCGUAUCCGUGAUGGGCAGCUACAAGCUGGCUAUCCAGCCUUGGCUUCACGCCACUGGAGAGGCAUUCCUGACCGCAUCGAUGCGGCGUAUGAAGACAAGUCUGGCAACAUCUGGUUCUUCCAAGGUGACAGCUACUGGGUGUUUGAUGCUGAGAGGAAGAUUACAGGACCAGACUCAGUGCGGCAGCUGGGCCUUCCAGUUACAGAUAUCCAAGCAGCUUUGAAGUGGAAAGAGGACCGGGUGGAGAAAGUCUACUUCUUCAAGUCCACUUCUUACUGGCUCUUCAAUCCUCAGGAGAAUCGAGUUGAUGAUGUCCAUCCUGGCAGCAUGCACAAGUGGGGAGGAGUGCCCGCACAUAUUGAUGCAGCCUUUCGGGACAGUUAUGGUUACGCCAAUUUCCUGAGUGGGCUGCACUAUUGGAAGUUGGACCCUAUGGCGUUGAAGGUGCUAGAAGGCUACCCACGCAGCAUCGGCAGGGAUUUCUUUGGCUGUUCGGCCUCUCUGUCUAAAUAA